UGCUCCGCCCUCCUUCUUCAAACAGCUAUCACGGCUUCUGGAGACUCGCGCUACUGUGCCCGUGACUGAUUUGUGCCAGCCUAUGGAACUAGUGGAACUAGUUAGCAGGAAAACACGCUAGCUUGUGAGCGAGAGCAGCGGUGCACUCUGGGACAUUAAACUCCCCCCGCCCCCGAAGCAAGAGAAAGUUUAUUCGUGUUCUUCUGAUUUGGUGACUCUGAUCUAAAGCCAACCAGAAGUAGAAUGGCUGAUACGUCUGCGUCCAGUGGUGCCAGCUGCCUGGAGAAGCUGAAAACUUACGUGAAGACCCCGAAAGGUUUUAUCCUCGCAGCAGAAAUACUCAUCAGCUUCAUCAUCAUCAUCUGCUACGCCGCAUCCCUCUAUGGAGGCUACUCUGCUGUGGCCAUCUGCGAGAUGGUUUUCGCCAUGGUCUUUUUUGGCAUCUUUAUGAUGGAGCUGGACAAGCAGAUUCAAGUGGUCAACUGGGUGUGGAGUGAUCUCUUCAGAGCUGGCAUUGGUGCAAUCCUUUACGUCAUCACUUCUCUAGUGUGUGUGAUUGGAGGAGCCGGGGAUGGUGCUCGCAUUGCAGGCGGGGUAUUUGGUUUGAUUGCCGCUCUGCUGUUUGCUUAUGACACCUACACCAUCUUCUUGCAAAUCAAGAGCACCAGGCAGCACACAGCAGCCGCCACUGACGACAGAGUUUAAACACUCCAAUGAGUGUCCCCCUGUUGAGUAUGCAGCGGAACAACAAGAGGACCCUUGUGCAGAAGAGGGGAGGGGACGAUGGAAGUAAAAAGAACAGGUCACAAAUAAAUCCAUGUCACUGUAGGGUGUCAACUGAAGCAAUUUCUUCUUUAUGAGGAGGAUGACGGUAGCGGCACUACACAUCUGUGCUCGCACGUCAGUCUGCUAUGGGAGGAACGCCGCUCACAAACCUCAUCGUACCACUAAAACUCAAUGUGUUAUCCGAUCUAAAAAGGGAAAACUGUAAGCGAUAGGCAAUGUAAAACUUUGCCUGAUGUUGUCCAGCAGCUUGUGUCAUAUGAAUUUCUAUUUUUAAAAGGACUACUGCAGUUGGUAGUGACUGUAUCAUUUAAACAUGUGUAUCGGUGCCUUACGGAUUAUUUAACAUCAGAUUUAUGAACUUAAUGAGUGUCAUUCUCAUGAGGCUUCUUUUUUUAUGCUUCUUGCAGCAGGUUUUAACCAAUGUCCUUCACAUUCUCAUUCAAUUUAACCUAUUUCGUCAGUCAUUCUAAAUUCCAGAAUCCUAAACACUUGAAGUCAUGUACCUGCUUUGAUCUAGAAAUCUUAUACUGCCUCCAUUUGAACUGCUGACGUCCACUCGCCAUUAAUUACAAUCUUUAAUGAACUGAAAUGAUGUGUCAUAAUGUUACCGCGAGGUUCUACAUUUCCACUCUAAUUUGUGCCCUUUUUGUUCUGUUUCUAGGACAUGUGUAUAGUGCAAAAUGCAUUUUUCUUAGUCCAGCUUUACCCUCUAGUUCUUUCGGGUUUUUAUUCAACCUCUCUGCAUCCUGUGACAGUACACGUCACAGAAAAUCAUUAUGUGCAAAUGUCAUAUUAUGUAGUUGAAUUAUUUGAUUUGAGUAAUGAGAUUUGGAAAUGUGUGACUUGUUAUCUCAACUUCCUUGUUCGUUUAUUCAAGAAAACCAUGCCUUAUUUUGCUUUCUAACAUGCUUUACAAGAGUCAUCACAAUGUAAUGCCACAAGUCAAAGCAGCUGUGUUUUGGGAAAUAAAAGCCAUUGUUGCA